UUGUCGCGCCUCGACGAGCGCACUUAGCCGUUAUGUGUCGUACAUCGAAACAAGUUUGACGGGAAAUUCGUAAAGUUUUCCAACUGCAUCCGGACUAGCUUAGCGAUGUGCCCCGUAAUAGUGACGUACUGAACAGUGACAGUUUUAAGUUAGCCGAUCGAAAUGUUAUCAUUUGGAUUAUUGAGUGUGUGGUAUGCAGCUUGGAGCUGGACGUACCUGAGCGCCAGUGGGGCGUCGCUGACGAGUCGAGUGGCGGAGGCACCGCAGGAGUGCGAGUGGCAGCGUGUGUCGGGAGGCGCGGGCGAGCCCACGCGCGUUCAGCUGGCAUGCUCGCUGCGCACCGCCGCAGGCGCAACCGACCUGCUUGCCGGUCUCAGCACAUCGCAGGCGCAGCGCAUCACCUCCCUCGAUCUACAUUGCACUGAUGUGCUUUUUUUCGAGAGUUCGCUCGAUGUUGGCAGGAGAAAAGAGGAAGGCACCGAACUUCUAUCGAGAUUUCACAAUCUUAAAGAAAUGAGGAUAGAGUCUUGUAAAAUACGAUAUGUGCCAUCAGCUGUUUUGUCCCCGCUCAGUGGAUUGCGAAGUUUGAUUAUUCGCACACACAAUACUGACUGGUCGGCUAUGUCAAUGGAGUUUCACCGAGAUUCCUUCCGUGGGCUGACCGACCUCAGGAAUUUGGAUUUGGGAGAUAACAACAUAUGGAUUUUACCAUCAGAGAUCUUCUGUCCUCUAUAUAAUUUGAAAGAUUUAAAUAUUACACAAAAUAGAUUACAAGAUAUUUCAAAUCUUGGAUUCUCUGACUGGGGCAACGGUCCCACUGCACCUGGAAAGUCGUGUAAUACAGUGUUAGAGACAUUAGACAUGUCAUACAAUGAAAUAAGUGGCUUACCGGAUAAUGGACUAUCAAGUUUGCGUGCACUUCAAAAGUUGUUUUUGCAAAACAAUAGGAUUUCAAGUGUAGCUGAUCGAGCUUUUGUAGGACUGAGUGAUCUCCAAAAACUUAAUUUAUCAUCGAAUGCACUGACUGCUUUACCACCAGAGAUGUUCCAGUCUUCGCGAGAUAUUAAGCAAAUAUACUUACACAACAAUUCGUUGAGUGUACUUGCGCCUGGAUUACUGGAAGGUUUGGACCAACUGCAAAUAUUAGACUUAUCUUCUAACGAAUUGACAAGUGAAUGGGUGAACAGAGAUACAUUUUCUGGAUUAGUGCGACUUAUAGUUUUGAACUUAUCACACAAUAGGAUAACUAAGAUUGAUGCACUGCUAUUUCAAGAUUUAAAUAACCUCCAGUUUUUGAGUUUAGAGUUUAAUAAUAUUGGGCGAAUAGCAGACGGGGCAUUUUCCAAUUUGAAAAAUCUUCAUUCCCUCUCCUUGGCGCAUAAUAAUAUCAUAGAAGUUGAUAGCAAUCAUUUUUCUAAUUUGUACGUUCUGAACCAGCUAUUCCUCGAUGGAAAUAGAAUAACCAAAGUGGACCUCCGUUCUUUCGAAAAUAUAACAAAGCUUCACGAUUUGGGAUUAAGUGGUAACCAGUUGACUGAAGUUCCCGAAGCUAUAAAAACUUUAAGAUUUUUAACAUCUUUAGACUUAGGAAUGAACAGGAUAACUAAAGUUACAACAACCCAGUUUGAGGGAUUAGAUGAUUUGUAUGGCUUGCGGCUAGUUGGAAACAAAAUCGAAAAAAUUUCAAAAGAUACGUUCUCGGCCUUAUCGUCACUGCAGAUAUUAAAUUUGGCUUCAAACAAUAUUGACCAAAUCGAUGAUGGAGCUUUUGCCACAAAUAUGCAACUCAAGGCUAUUGGUCUAGACGGCAACAAAUUGGUAGACUUAAAAGGAAUAUUUACUACCACACAGCCGCUUGUUUGGUUAAAUGUGUCUAAUAAUGAGCUACUUUGGUUUGACUACAGUAACAUACCAACUAAUCUGGAAUGGCUAGACAUGCAUGAAAAUAAGAUAGAAAAGAUUGAAGAUACAUAUGGUGUCAAGGAAACAUGCAACGUCAAAAUGCUCGAUGUAAGCAACAACAAGCUUCGAAGCAUCGAUGAAUUUUCAUUUCCUAGUAGCAUAGAGACGGUAGUUUUAAACCAUAAUCACAUCGAAAAAAUUAAUCCCGGGACUUUUCUACAAAAAUAUAACUUGAAUAAAGUGAUACUAUAUUCAAAUAAGAUAAAAACAUUAGACGUGGGGGCCUUCGCUAUAUCAUCUGUUCCAGAGGACAAAGAUUUGCCCGAGUUCUAUAUCAGUGAAAACCCAUUUGAGUGCGAUUGUACAAUGGAAUGGCUUCAACGAAUAAAUCAAUUGAGUGACCUUAGGCAGCGACCUAGGGUAAUGGAUUUAGAAAGUGUAAGGUGCUCUUUAACUCAUUCACGAAGUAAUUCAGAUAUGCUUUUACUCGAAGUGAAAUCUUCCGAAUUCUUAUGCGAAUAUGAUUCUCACUGCUUUACUCUGUGCCAUUGUUGUGAUUUUGAUGCUUGCGACUGUAAGAUGACUUGUCCAGAUAAGUGUUCAUGCUAUCAUGAUCUCACCUGGAACUCCAACGUAGUCGAUUGUUCCAGUGCCGGCUACAAUCACGUGCCCGAGCAAAUACCAAUGGACGCGACCGAGAUCUAUUUGGACGGAAACGAUCUAAAAGAUUUAGGUAAUCACGUAUUUAUCGGUAAAAAGCGACUGCAAGUUUUGUAUCUUAACAACAGCAAUAUCAACACAAUACAAAACAGAACGUUUAACGGGAUCGAAUCACUGAGAGUACUUCACUUAGAAAACAAUAACUUGGAAACGUUGAGAAAUACCCAGUUCACGAGACUACAGAAUCUCAAUGAGCUUUAUUUACAAGAUAACAAAAUCAAAGUUAUCGAGAAUGAUACAUUUAAUUACUUGCCAUCACUGGAAUUUUUAAAUCUUGACAACAACGGGUACGUUGAUUACAUGCCGUGGCGAGUAAUCACAGAUAACAACCCUCGCACUCGGGUAUCCAUCGAAGGAAACAAAUGGAUAUGCGACUGUAAGGACGUAGCGCAGUUAAAUCAAUGGCUAAUAAAAAAAUUAAAAGAUACCGAAAGCAUGAUGUGCUACUUUGCUCAUGGCCAACCAAUGAAUAAAACUAUAGGGACCGUAUCUAAGGAAUGUAAAACAGAGGCCACUACUGAGGAAACCGGGACCGAGACUUUAAAGCGGUUAUUCAUCGAGACGAACGAUGGGGUCGGAAAUUAUAUUCCAUAUAUUGCGGGGGUCUUGAUAAUAGUAAUCGUGCUUUUAUUGAUGUGUGCAUUGUUUCUCUUCGUAUUCAGAGAAGACUUUAAAUUAUGGAUGCAUUCAAAAUACGGCGUACGAGUAUUCAGUUCCACGCCAAAGGACAUGAACGAUAAUAAAAAUAAGCGUUUCGACGCAUUCUUUGUGUAUAACUCACGAGAUGAAGACUUCGUCACGCGUGCUGUAAGCUCUGAGUUAGAAAAUUCGGGUCACACUUUGUGUUUACAACACAGAGACUUACAACUAAUCGAGAGACGCUCCAGUGAUAGUUUAGUUAGUGCGGCUGAGAGUUCAAAAAGACUCAUGAUAGUGUUAUCAAUCAACUUUUUACAACAAGAGUGGUACGCGCCCGAGUCCAGGGCGGCCGUACAAAGUGCUAUAAACUCAGUGAACGUGAGACAUAGACGUCAGAAAAUAGUAUUCCUCGUAACGACUGACUUAAGUGCCAUAAAUAUUGAUCCAGAUCUUAAAGUGUUACUCAAAACGUGUACAGUGAUUGUGUGGGGUGAAAAGAACUGUUGGGAGAAACUAAAUUUUCGGUUGCCUGACGUUGACGUCACGCUGCCUAAUCGGACGCUUCAUAACGCGAAUAAUAUUAAGACUAGUAAUAGGGAAGGGUUCGGGAGACACGGAAAUUUAAGGUAUACUGCGCCGCCUACGUCUCACGAUCCUUGGUAUAAAUACGGGAUGGCGCCUCCUAUCUUAAUGAUGUCGAGUCCGAUGCAUUCGACUAGCGCGAGUGCGGAGGUCUCAGCGCGUAGUACCGAGGACGAGACGUGUUCAGUGGCUAGUAGCGAGGGCCGGCCCGACGACCGGUUACCGCACCAUCAUAGCUACGUCUCCAUAGAUAAUCACCAGUGCGAGGAGCGACCUCUCAGGCCCGCUCAACAAAUACCUAUGUCAAACACAAGGCCCACUAACGUGAGAAAGACUUACUUUGUAUAGAGUUAUGAAAAUGUGAUUUAUUUUAAUUGUACAUAAACUCAAUUGUAAUGAUAGGGUUAGAAACUUCUGAUAUAAAACGUACGUGUAUUAAGCAUAAUAAUGUUAAGUACGAGAGAUAAAUCGGUGCUGAACACUAAAUGUAAUGAGGUAACUAUGGGGUUCUUAACCUUUUGUUAUUAUUUGUUAAUUUACGAUUACACGUACUACAAGUACCUUAUCAUUGAAUAUUGUUUACGUAAUGAUAUUCGACUGCAUUUAAAUAUUUAACGUACCUGUUUAUCGUGACAGCCAUCAUGUUUGUUGCCUUUACUUGUACAUGAGUUACAAAACAAAACAUUCCUUAUCUUAUGUAAAAUGCUGAAUGUAAGUAUCUAAUGUUACGAGGUUCCGGACUAAAUUAGUCUAGCUAGUAUAUCUUUGUGGAGUAAACGACUAAUUUGUGAUAAUUUAGGUACUUAGUUUAAUCCCUACGAUUCGAAUUGAGAAGUGUAUAAAAGAACAAAUUAUUUUAAGAAUGUAAAUAUACCUGUUAAGGUUUUAUAGCUGUCGAAGAACUGAAAUGUACCCUAGUCAAUUGUAAAUAGCUAUUUCUAGAUCUAAGUUUAUAAUUUGUGAUGUAAUUAGUAGUUAGAAUAUUAAAAAUCGUAUUUAUUACGCUUC